GAGUGCAGCCACACGGUGAAUGUGUCGUGAGCCCCACUGGUGCUACCCGGAAAUAUUACAAGGGCCGGAAAGGACCAGUGUUAAGGGAGCACACGUCACUCACUUUAGCCCAAAAAUAUUAUCACCGACCAUCCAAAUCCUCCCUCGGCCGUCGAAAUAUUUAGCAAAAGUUCCAUGCAAGCGCAGACCGUCGUAGUGGAAUGGCGUGGAGGCGGCUGCAGUGUCCGUCGGCGUUGAUUUGUGGGCGCUCAGUGUAAAGCGUUCUCUCGGCUCAGCAUCAGUGAAAUGGCUCUGGCUAACGACUGGAAAACGGCACGCAGAAAUGGAAGCGCUCGUAGCUAGCUAGGCGGCGAGAAGAAGAAGAAGAAGGCGUGACAGGCCUCAUCCAUCUACAACUGUGCUCCGCGACUGGAACCGUAGGUAAACAUUUGCCAAAAUAUAGGAUUGCUGGUGUGCAUUAAAACGUGAAGCGGUCGUAUAUUCUACAGAUUAACUCACACAUCUGCCUGGGAAGCUAACUCUCCGUCUCUGCUCGUCGCAUCGAUCUGAGGAAACGGUAAGAUUUAACGAGGUGAGCAAGAAUCUAAAGUGAGUGAUGCUUCUGUGGCCGGUGUACUUUUGAGAUUUACAUCAGCCGCAUAACGGGAAAUACGAUCGCAAAUAACAUAUUACCGUCAUACACAAUGCAACAGUUAAGUUUAAUAUGCCCUUAGGUUUUGGCUACGAUAAAAACAAGUGAUCUUUUAUCAAGUGAAACUCCUUUGGGCUGCAGUGAAUAUUAAAUUAAGCAAUUAUUAAAUACUUAAUUAAUUGCUCACCACUUUGAUAAUUGGUUGCAUGUUUAUAUUUGUUUUUCCUAAACAAUGUAACAAUUUCUUUUAUUUUCAGCUUCUUGAACGUGAAUAUUUUUUAUUUAUCCAUCUCGGCGACAAAACAAAACCUAAUUUUGUCAACGUUUUACAUCGUUUUCUGCACUUUGAAUAUGGAACAACCACCGGAUUCAUCGAUUCAAUAAUUGACCGAUGAAUAGAUUAUAAAAGUAACUGUUGGUUGGUUACUUGAAUAUAUUUAAUUUAUUCAUGUUGGUAGUGUGGUUUAGAAUAAUUCAGCUAUUGCACUUAGCCAGUGCAACUAUAACGAUAAGUGUAGUGUCUGAGAUGUAUAUGAAAUGAAUCAACACGCAGGGUGAACUUUUACUAUUAUGAAAUAUGAGUAGAUUCAACUUAAUCUGCUGUUGAGUCAUCCCCUUGAACUGGUAAGGUAUUACACAGUGCACGACUCCCAUCCCAUUAUGUUAACAAAUAUGCAUUCAAAAACACCUUAUAAAACAGAGGAAAUCUACAUUUUGAUAUUACAAGGACUGAUUGUUUCACUGAAAAUAAAACUCUAUUCUUGUAUCCUGUUGGGUUAAAAAAUUGUUAACCCAAACAUCAAUUGAAAAUAUUAACAUUUUUUUGCAGGACAGGUUGACCUCCAUUUGCUGCUCCCUGAGGUCCAGUUUAACACUUAUGACUAAUGAAUAUUUUCAUGCUGAAAAGGUAAACCUGGAUAAGGGACUGAAAUUGUCCUGAUUUAAGGUAUGCAGAAAAAUUACUACUAAAAAAUCUGAAUCAUAUGAAUUUGAGUAAUUAUUUAUAGACAACCCACAUGACGACAAGUGACGAACAUCUUUUUUUUAAUCAAAAAUGUGCACUGGAUCCUUUCCACCAAAAAUAGCUUUGUUAAAUAAGCAAAAUCUACCUCCUUUCACUUGCUUUUGUGGCAGAAACAUGUUAUAAACACAGAAUGUUGAAAAUAACCAUUGCCUCCACAGAAAGUGUAAAGUAAAUGAUUUAAAAGAAUUGGCACACAGGCUGGUAUCAUGGUAAGUUACCAUUAAAUAUAUAAUCUUAAAUUUGUAUGUUAAACUGUUGAAGUGGCUGUUAAAGUAGACAUGCCGUUUGACAAGAUACUUUAAUUUGCAAUCUGACAUUGUUUACCUUUCUCACUUAAGUGAGGAGCUAAUUUGUUUAAAAUAAUGAAAUAUAUUUGUUUGGUUAAUAGCAGUAAUAAUAAUAAUAAUUAUAAAAAUAUUUAUACCAGAAGCAAUUCUGAUGUGUUUCCAUUUGUGGUGUUUAAUCAAAUAUGCAAAGAAAAAAUUUCACUAUUCAAGUAUUUUGCUAAAUUUAAGAUUAUAUAUCUUGGUACCUUGCAUCAUACUGUCUCUUGUAACAACAGUACUGCUUUCAUUUAUGUAUCAUGCCACCUAAUGGAGAUGAAGAUUCAUAGUCUGAAGGAGCAACAUGCUUGUACGUCUCCUUAAUGCAUGGGGAAACUGGUGAAAUGCUUACUAUCCUUUAACAUGGUUAUGAAGGAACAACAAGGAUAAUAUUAUAACUUUUCAGCCGUGUUGCCCUCUAUGACUGCCAUGUCUGUUUUGAAUUUUUGUUUUUUCAGAUUUAGGAACUUCUUGGCUGCACACGGAUGAGGACACUUGCUUAGAUGAAGGAAAAUGUCAACGCUGUAACUCAAAGGCAACAAGACGAAGCUAUUAGAACUGCUUCUCAGUAAAGCUGUUAAAAGUAAUUUUGAAAUUAGGUGGAACUCUACUGUCUACUUGUCAAAAAGACACUUUUACCCUUUAAUCAUAAACUCAUCUUCCCCCACUUGUUUUGGAAGUAAAGUGUGGGCAGUGGAUGGUCAAGAGGGAGUAUCCGCACCAGAAGUAAACAAUCUGGAGAAGGAACUUUAGAUUUAAGCUGACAUUCAAGUAGUUAAAAAAAUAGCCUUACCUCAACCUUAAGUCAAGUUUUGUCUUUCACCAGUCAUUGGUGGGAUCAUUUUUGGGCCUAGUGCUUGGAGGUUUGGCCCCUGCACCCACAUGUGCCAGUGAGUGGGAAAUGUUCCAAUUUGGAAAAUACAAUUUGGACAUUAUAGAAAUGUUAAGUGGGCAUCAGGCCCACCAAUUCAAAGGCCUUGGUUUAGAUCGACAACUUCAGCAUCAACAGCAAGUGCAACUUCACCAGCAUCAACUCCAGCAGCAGCAGCAGCAGCAGGCUGAAUCUUCUGGAGCUCUACUGUCUGGACUUGGCUUGGGACCCCUGCAGGGGUCUAGAGGUAACGCCUUUUCUGAUUCUGCCUCCAUUUUUGCCAAGAUGAGUGCCCCUCCUCCCCCACCUUUACAACAACAGCCCUCUUCAUCUCAAAGCUCUCGUUCAAAGUCAAGCAAGAUGAGCAGCAGCAGCUCAAGCCAUUCCUCAGGCUACCCACAAUUCCUGCGCUCUUUCCAUCCGUCUGAGGCAGCACUAGCACAGGAACAGUUACACUCAGGUGUAGGCCGUUUUGAGCACUUUGCUGGGGGAAGUAGCAGUAGUGGGAGUGCUGGGGGAUUAGGAGGAUUAGUAACAUCAGCACCCCCACCCCCUCCCCCUCUACAUCCUGGCCUUUCUGUCCCCCAAGCAUCACCUGGUCCCUCCUCUUCUUCUCCUUCCCCUUCAACCUCUGUGGCCACCUCCAGCAGCAGUGCAGUCAGCUCAUUGGGACACCAGUUGGUUGGGGCCCAGUCUGAUGCACGCAGCCUUCACCAACAGUUUAGUUGCAUGUUAGCUGCUAAUCAGUAUUUCCUUUCUGGGGUGCCUACUAAUGCUAGUUUAGAGCAAUUUCUUGUUCAACAGGGUACACAUAACCACUUAGGAAUUGGGUUAAGUCAGACAGGUGGGGAGCCUAGUACUAGCCUUGCUCCGCCUCCCGCUUUGCAUUCUUCUCACUCACAUGCCCACUCCACCUCUCAGCCACAGCAGAAUCCACAGCAGCUUCCCCAGCAGCAACAGCUCCCUCCUCAUACACUUUCUCACCCUCAUUCUCAUCCUCACCACCCGCUUCACCCAUCCUCGCAACCCUCCUCGAUUAGUGGCUUUGAUUUCCAGGGCAUCCCUGUACUGUCAUCAAAUCAGAUAGCAUCUCUGAUGCAACAGGAAGCAGGUUUGCCACUCCCUUUGCCCCUCCAUCUAUCAUUAUCUAAAGAUGAUGGUAAAGGGGAAGGCACUGGAGGUGGAAGUAACAGCAGUAGGAGGAAGAAGGCUAUGGCUGGUUAUUUACCACAGAGAAAAUCUGAUGGUGGCAGUAAUAGCAGCAGCAGCAGCCAUGGUCAUAGCAGCCACAGUGGUAAUCCCAGCAGUAGUACUAGUGGAGGGCUUAGUCAUGGUCAACCACCAGCUUUAAUUGGGAGUGGGGUAGGAAUGUCUAAUAUGGGUGGAGACCCAUCAUCACUUCUUGCUUCAUCAUCAUCAUCCUCAUCAGUAGUUUCUUCCUCUUCCUCUUCUGCUCCCUCUUCCACUGCUGCCUCAGUUCUAGUUACUAAUGAUUCUCACCUUUCUAAAUCUGAUAACCAGAACUCAUUGCAGCCCAACCCCACUGACACCGUUUAUAGCUGUGGGGAUUGUGGCAAAAGCUUCCCUCACCUUUCAAGCCUUCGCAGGCAUUUGCGCAUGCAUGAGCCAACCACAGCAGGCACUAGCAAUACUGCCACUACUGGCCCAAACCCUAUUCACAUUAAAAUGCAAUCAGACCCAAGCCUACCCCAUUCGACCCAAGAAACUAUCCAACCCACAUCCAAUUCUUGUCCUAGCCCAGACAAACUAUUUAAUUGCCCUGAUUGUGGCAAAGGCUUUAAGAAAAAAGGGCACCUCCUGCAACAUGGUGUGAUACACUCUUCUGCCCGCCCAUAUGGCUGCUCCACCUGCUCUCGGGCUUUUAAUCGUAGAGAGUCACUGACACGCCAUGAGAAGAUACAUGAGGAAAAGCCCUUCCGAUGUCCUGCCUGUGGUCGUGCCUUCCGUGAGAGCACAUCUCUUCUCAACCAUGCUGCCUCAGGCACCUGCGGCAAGCCAGGUAGGGGACCUAAACAACGGGGCAGCAAGACAGGAACUGAUGAGGACAGAGUCGGGGGAGGGGGUGGAGGAAGGGGGACUUGUCAGAGCAAUAGAGGUGUCAUUUAUGGUAAAACUGAGGAAGAAGAUGGUGUAAUCAUUGUGGGGGAAGGAGAACCAAAACCAGGUUUAGGUUGUGAAGGUUUGUUUCAGUCUGGAAGGGGGGGUAAUUCAAAUGACAGGGAAAGAACAGAUGGUAAAUACCCCACUGACUACUCUCGGAAUCGUUACACAGGCUACCAUGAUGAUCAUCGUUCUCAAGGCAAUCCAUCUCCAUGCUACUCUGGUGCCUCUCCCUGUGGAAGUGGGAUGGCGGGCCCAGCUCUGAGAAAGGCACCCUUGGCCCCAACACUGCAUCCACACUCACAGAGCCACAGCCAGCUCCACCAUCCGCAGCAACAGCCCCACCUGCCCCUUUCUUCUCUACUGGAUGACUCAGAGGAUGAUGUCACUAGCUCUGUCAAUAAUGCAAUCUCUGCUAUAACAGCAGCUAGUAACAGUGGAAAUAGAGGGGAUGAUAGGGGAGACAUCAUAGGAGGUCUGCUAGGUGGUCUUGGUCUAGGUCCUCUGAGCUCACCUUCAUCCACAUCUGGUAUGGAUAAGAAUUUCAGAGGUGGUGGGAGUCAGGAGGCUCUGAGUACCAACCCACAGAAUCCCACAUCCAAACCAAAACGUCCCCGUAAACCCAGAGCCAAGAAAGAUCCUGCAGUUGGGGGACAACCCCCCAAACGUAGGCAAUACACCCCCAGAAUGGGGCCCAGUGGGCUCCCACGCACUCACCUGUGCAGUGUCUGUGGUAAGGGAUUUGCACGUCGCGAGACGCUACGCAGACAUGAUCGCAUCCAUACUGGAGAAAAGCCCCAUCACUGCACAAUUUGUGGAAAGUAUUUCAGAGAGGCUUUUCACCUGAGCAAACAUCAAACAGUCCACUCUGGGGCGAAAAAUUUCAAAUGCAGCAUCUGUGGGAAAGAAUUUGGUUACUCCCAGAGCCUCAGGAGGCACAGCAAGCUGCAUCAGAAAGGGGAGCUGGAAGAGGUGCCUACAACACCAGCUGCAGAAAACCCUAACAGCUUUAACCCAAACCCUCAAUGUAGCGUGGCCCAAGACAGGAGCCAGAACCAAGUACCAAGCACCUCCUCCUAUUACUCUUAUCCUCAAGAUGUCAAGCCUCAAGAUACCAAUCCCCAGGCACAGCCUCCACCCCCACCCCAACCACAACCCUUACCUCCACCUCGACUCUACACCUGUGCUAUUUGUUGGAAAUCUUUCCGCCAUCACUUUCACCUGACGGCUCAUCACCAGACAGUCCAUGAAAGUGGGGGUGAAAAGCUCUUCAGUUGUGAGGUCUGUGGGAAAGCGUUUGCCUACUCCAAUAGCCUCACUCGACAUAAGCAGUCACAGCAUGGCCUGACACGUAGUGAACAGUCUAACCCACAAGACGGCAGCAGUGGGUCUGGAGACAACCGAGGUGGGAGUGAUGUUAAUCAGUCGACAUCAGAGAGUGAGGCUGCCACCAAUGUCCUGCUACAGAUGGCUCCUCCCACAGAAGGCCAUGGAGAGGAGAGUCUGAGUGUUGUGACUCAUAGCCAUCAACAGGCACCCUCACACCAUCCAGCUGGUUACUCUCCCCUUUUUUAUGAUGCUGCAGCAGCUCAAACAUCAGCUUCUAAUGCCCCAUCUUUCUCACAGCCUCUGCCUCCAAACUCUACAAUCAUGCCCCCGCAGCACCCACACUCACCAGCCGGGGUGAAAGGAGAGCACAUAUACCCAGCUGGAUCCCGUAGCCGUACACUUCACACCACAGCCCCAUUCCAGCCCCUCACGGAACUACCUUCCACUGAACAUCAUCAUCUGCAUCACCAUCAUCAUCACUCCCACCAUCAUCCUCAUCAUCUGUCAGGUACCCAGUCCCACCAGCAACUUGGCUGCAGCAUCCAGUUAUCACAUGAUGAAAUGAGACGACACAAGAAGAAAAAAAAAAAGUCCAACAGGACAGAUUGGAGAGAAAAUAAGUGUGAACCCCAAGGUUUAGUCAGAUUUGAUGGAAGUAAAAAGAAGAGAAAAAUUAGUUGUACAAUAAGAGGGCAAUUGAAUAAAAAACAAGGCUCUCUUCGUUUGACAAUUAGGCGUGGAGGAGGAACAGGUGGUGGUGGGUAUAAGCUUGUCAACCCUGGGGGAAUGAAGGUGCAGAUCCUGUCAUCUCUCAAAGUCCCAGUGAAACGUUUUGGCUGUCCAAUAUGCCCCAAUUCUGUGUUCUCCUGUAAAGCGGGACUUCUCGUCCACAUGGCAGUUAAGCAUCCACAAAAAGCCUCCACCGCUCAGGAGCGACUAAGUUGCUGUGUAUGUGGGAAGCAGUCUCACAGGCCUUUGGCAGCCUUCAUUCAUCGGGCCUCCCAUCGUGCCAGAGGGACUUUCUCCUGCCGACGCUGCUCCGCUCGCUUUUGGAAUGCUACACUGCUUCACAGGCACAAGGUGUCCUGUCGCCGUCGUGCUAAAGGAUUGCAGCGAGGAGAUGCCAACAGGCUGAAGCUUUCAAAGAGACCAGGAGAGAGACAGACCUGUGAAGCUCAAGAGGAAAUGCCACUCCUACGGGAACCGUACAGAUACUGAGCAUCUUCACAUAAGAGGACUUUUUCAGGUCUAAAAUGGGAAUCUGAGAAAAAAAAAAAGGGACAUGAAAAGGCAUUUGUUGCCUUUAGAUGAAUUUGUUUCAUGUCUCUGUUGACAUUGUUCUGCUGACUUAUUAGAAUGAGUGUGUUAUCAACUACUGUAGAGCAUCCUAUAAAAUAUCACCACAAAUUCUUCCACUUUAUAUUGGAAGGUGUCUUCAAAGACGUGACUGUUUGCAUAGGAUCAUUAACCCCUUAAGUGCAUUGACACUAUGCUUGGCUGACACUGUGCAGUUACUAGACAAGUUUAGGUGAAAUUACCUGCUAAUGUAUCUCUUUACCCUCUUAACUAGAAUCCCUGCUACACUUUUUUGCUGUAUGAUAAACGUCUCUGCUGUGUACUAUGUCUUGUUGUUGUUCACGUAGAGGCUCUGAGGAUUUUUUUUUUUAUGUAAAGUGCAUUUAUUAGGUUUAGGGACAUGGGGACAAAUACCUUUUGUUGAUAGUUUGUCAGUGCAUGUUUGUUCUCUGGUCAAGUUUUUUGCUGAGGUUGUAAAAUCACUCCUACAGUAUGUGAUGGUUUAUUCAGUAUAUCCCCAGAAGUUUGUAGUGUACAACUUGAUUUUAAAGUAACUAUAUUCCCUAGUGAUUUAAUCACUCAUAGAUAAAAUGUCAAAGUUGCUGGUAAUUAGCAUUUCAAGGAUUCUGUGUCCCGCCAAAAUGAAGAAUCUUACAAAAGCCUUGCUUAUUAUGUUCACUUUACUGCAUUUAUUUGAUAUUCCUAGCUUUUAUACAAAGAGAUUGAAAACAAGUGGACUGUAACACAAUGUUUAUCUCAUGGUAUUUGUAUGCUCUUUUUAGCGGUGAUUAUUUCUACAGUACUUCACAGCGUGUUUAAGACAAGGACCUAUAAUAAUAAUAAUAAUAGAAACUAAUGUAAUAUUCCAUGUAUUUACGUGUGUAACCCAAUCUGUUUUCAUGCCAAUCUUACACUUAACCCCCCAUUUACGUUUUUACUUUUUGCUGAGUUGCAAUCAUACUCUUACUGUCAAACCUUGUUUUUUUUUUCUUUUGAAGAUAAAACAAGCUCAUCUUCAUUCACAUACAAAGUGUUCAUACCCCUGUCAAGCCUCAUUUUAUUUCUUCUAAAGGAAAAUAAUAGUUUUAGUAGAUUUCUAUCACAUUAUUUACUGAGAAGUCAGUAGUUGAUUAUAUUUCAACAAUGAAUAAACCUUAAGUGUAA